UCUGGGUGGGACGGCCUAGAAACAGGAGCCCAGGGCAGAGAUUUUUGUUCUCUCCCAGCACAGGAACUCCUUUUCUCCAACUUUUGUUCUCUACCGUGAGAUACUCUGACUUCAUGCUCAGAAGGCCGGAGCUUGUGGACCUAUGUGAACCCAACUAGACAGCAAACUUGCUGAAUUAUUCCAAAGGCCAAAUAAGGUUUUGUAACAAUGUGGCUAACAUUCCUGGUGCCCCUGGCCCUUCUGGCCCCGGCGAUCUCAGCUGCCACGGCUACAACAGCAGAUAAAGUCCUUAGCAACCAUGCCACCAUACUGGCUGACAACAGCGCCAAUCUGGCUAUCAGCCUCUACCAGAACAUGGCGAAGGAAAAAGGAGCAGAGAACAUCCUCAUCUCCCCCGUGGUGGUGGCCUCCUCCCUGGGUCUGGUGGCUCUCGGGGGGAAGGGUUCCACGGCUUCCCAAGUGAAGACCAUCCUGAACGCAGCCAAGGUUCAGGACGAGCAGCUGCACUCUGGUUUGGCGGAGCUCCUCACCGAGGUGAGCGACCCAAAAGAGCGCAAUGUCACCUGGAAGAUUAGCAACCGCCUCUACGGACCGAGCUCCGUCACCUUUGCGGAGGAUUUCGUGAAGAGCAGCAAAAAGCAUUACAAAUGUGACCAUUCCAAGAUCAACUUCAGAGAUAAAAAGAGUGCCGUUAACUCCAUCAACGAGUGGGCGGCCAAGUCCACCGACGGCAAGCUGCCCGAGGUCACCAAAGACGUGGAAAACACCGAUGGAGCAAUGAUCAUCAAUGCUAUGUUUUUCAAACCUCACUGGGAUGAGCAGUUCCACCCCACAAUGGUGGACAACCGAGGGUUCCUGGUGUCCGGAAGCUACACUGUGGCAUUGCAGAUGAUGCACCGCACAGGUCUAUUUGACUUCUAUGAUGACACAACCAAUAAACUGUAUCUUCUGAGCUUGCCUUUGGCUCAUAAGAAGUCCACAGUGGUGUUCAUCAUGCCCUACCAUGUGGAGCCUCUGGACAGACUAGAGAAGAUGCUCAGUAAAAAGCAACUGGACACAUGGAUGGGAAAAAUGAAGCAGACACCAGUGGCUGUUUCUCUGCCUAAAGUCAGCAUGGAAGUUAGUCACAACCUGCAGAAGCACCUUCAGGACCUGGGCCUCACCGAGGCUGUGGACAAAUCCAAAGCUGAUCUGUCCAACGUCUCUGGGAAAAAGGACCUCUAUCUGUCCAGCGUACUCCAUGCUGCGGCCUUGGAGUGGGACACUCAUGGAAAUGAAAUUGAUACCAGCGUCUUUGGCACAGAGAAACUCAAAACCCCAAAGCUGUUUUAUGCUGACCACCCGUUCAUUUUCCUCAUCAAGGACAAGAAAACAAACUCGCUCCUGUUCAUCGGCCGGAUGGUCAGGCCCAAAGGAGAAAAAAUGAGAGAUGAGUUAUAACUCAAUCUGUAUGCUCUGGAUGUGUUUUGAUGUUCUAUAAUUGUAUUCCCCUGUU